AGAAGUUUGAAUCCCACACUUGACUCCAAACCAUCGACACCGAUUAUCAAAUAAGUGUCGAGAAGUCCAAAAAGCGGCUAGAAAGUAUCAGUAAUUGGUACCGGAAAUCGGCAACUGAAAAGCCCGUUGUUUAGAGCAGGAAGAAUCAAUCGCCAGCUAUGGUCAUGGAUGCGACCCAAUCGCAGCAGCCUUCGCCGCAGUCGGUGGGACGCGAGUUUGUCCGCCAGUACUACACGCUGCUGAACAAGGCGCCCAAUCACUUGCACCGCUUCUAUAACAACAAUUCGUCGUACAUCCAUGGGGAGUCCAAGUUGGUGGUGGGUCAGCGGGAGAUCCACAACCGUAUCCAGCAGCUGAACUUCAACGAUUGCCACGCAAAGAUCAGCCAGGUGGACGCCCAAGCCACGUUGGGCAACGGUGUGGUGGUGCAGGUCACCGGUGAGCUGUCCAACGACGGCCAGCCAAUGCGGCGGUUCACCCAGACGUUCGUACUGGCCGCCCAAUCGCCGAAGAAGUACUACGUGCACAACGACAUCUUCCGCUACCAGGAUGUGUACAUCGAGGACGAGCAGGACGGUGAGUCGCGAUCGGAGAACGAUGAGGAGCACGACGUUCAGGUGGUGGGCGGCGUUGGUGGCACUGUGGAUCAAGCAGUUCAGGUGGCGGGCGAUGUGGUCGCCCAGCAGCCGCAGCAACAGCAGGCGCCUCCGCAGCCGCAGGCCCAGGUGGUGGUGCCACAGCAGGUGGCUCCUGUAGCGGCCGGUGGUGCUGCCCCGCAGCAGAUCUUCUACCCAUUGCCAGCGGGAGCUGCUGCCGGACGUCCAGUGGCCGUUUUGCCGGCAGCCCCCCAGGCAGCAGCGGUUCCACUGCCCGCGCAGUUCACCGUACCGCCGCCACAGCCCAUCCAGAAUGGAGUGGUGUCGCACGAGGAACUGCAGCAGCAGCAGGUGCUGGUUCCACCCAGCGUUUCUCCUCUGGUGCAGCAGCAGCCGCCGAGCGGCACACCAGUGCUGCCCAUUGUCCCGGUGCCAAGUGCAGGCUUCCAGCAGUCGCCACUGGUGGCACCACAGCUCAUUCAGCAGCAGCAGCAACCUCCACAGCUGCCCCCGCAGCAACAGCAGCAACCCAUCCAGCAGCAGCCCUUGCAGCAGCAGCAACAGCCGCUGGCGGAACCCGAGGAAGUCGAGGUUCCACCGCGACAGCUGCAGAAACCACCCACGCCCGUCGAUGACUUCAAGACCAUCCACGAGCAGCAGCAGCAGGAGAAGUACGAGGCCGCCAAGCAGCAGCAAAACGAGCCAAAGACCUACGCGAAUCUGUUCAAGUCCACGUCCUCCUCGCCGAGCGGCUUUGUAAAUGCCGCUCUGCAGCAGCAGCAGCAACUCCAGCAGCAGCAGCAACAGCAGCAGUCGAUCAGCAGCAACACUUACAGCUCGUCGUCGGGAUCCGCGGGCGGCGGCAACGGCGGUCAGGUUAGCUACUCGACCACCGCUUCAUCCUACAACAAUAGCAACGGCAACUCGCGACUGGACAACGGCGGUCCGCUGCCGCAGCGCAACAACUCGAUCCGGAACAACAAGGGUGACUUUGAGCAGCGUCGUCCGAGCAACACGCAACAAUUCGGCGAUAAUCAACAGUUGUUUCUGGGAAAUAUACCACACCACGCCAGCGAGGAUGAUUUGCGCGAUCUGUUCUCGCGCUUCGGAAAUGUUUUGGAGCUGCGCAUCCUGUCCAAGGCUGGCAACAAGGUGCCACCGGGCAUGCGCAGUCCGUUGAACUACGGCUUCAUUACCUACGACGAUACCGAGGCGGUGCAAAAGUGCCUAGCCAACUGCCCCCUGUACUUCCCGGAGAACUCACCAGACGGCCAGAAGUUGAAUGUGGAGGAGAAGAAGCCGCGCGUCCGCAACGACAUGCUGCCCCGUCAGCCGAUCGGUGGGAACAAUCUUAACAACAACAUGGGUCGUUUGGGCGGCAACAACGGACCGCAGUCGCGUCCAAUGGGAAACAACAAUGGCAGCGGUGGCGGAAUGAUGCGUAACAAUCCAGGAGGUAAUAAUCUCCGCCAGGGAGGCGGCGGUGGAGGCGGAAACGGAGCUCCGCGCCUGGGCGGGGGCGGUGGAUUCGGGCAGCGCCAGGAUAACCGCACCGGCGGCGGCAACAACCAGUCCAACGGACCGCUGCGCGGCGCCGGAAAUGGACAAACCAGUGGUGGCAACUACGGACGUCGCUAAAGGAAUUCCUCAGCACAUCAGCAAAAGCAUCAACAACUACAGCAGCAGUAGCCACAAAUACAAGAACAGCAACAACCCAACGUUAAGAACAUCAACUUCUUCCACAAUGCAAUCAAUCAAUUACAUUCAAGAACAUCUCAUGCAAUUAAAACACACAAAGACACGCAAAUCACACUGAACAUAAAGUAGUUGGAGCAACAAAAAAUGUCAACUGUCCUUUAAAUGUUCCUGAGCGCAAUUUGGGGCGUCGAGCUAAAACAAAAAACAAUAAGUAACGUCAAGGUCUUGGAGCCUCUCCUUAGUUUAAUUGCGUUAGGCUCGCUUUUUCCAGCCAGUUCGUGCCAAAAUAUACCGAAAUUCUGUGCAAAUCUCUGUUGUGAAUCCAAAAUGAACGCUUCAGCUCGUCAACUGCUACUCUCUACCACCCACCACCCCCCCACGAAAUCACCCACAUCAUUAAACACGUGUAUUAAGUUUAAGUCUCAAUCAAGCACAUCCAUCAGAUAAACACUCAUCGAAGAAACACAAACAGACGGCAGACACACACACACACACACACACACACCCAUCUUAGCAUAAACGUAAACUUUAAUUUUCAGUUUAACAAAUCACUUUCAAAAAAAAUUACCUUAAGUUCGCAUGAUGAGAGAAAUUGGUUAAAAAAAAAAAGGAAAGGAGCAAUGCAACA